UCCGGGCACCGCUAUAACCUUAACCUCUCGACAUUUCACAUGAUUUUUUAAAAUUAAAAAGUGACUUGCCGGCCAUUUCUAGCCGUCUGAAAACGUUAACGUCUAUUCCGCGCACUGAUUUGAUAAUGAAGGGGAACAUAAUCAGGAUUUUGGUGAUAAUUUUGUCGCUUGGUCCCCCGCUCGCCGGAAAAGACUAUGAGAUUAAAUCUACUGAGGAAGUGAGGGCUGUAGUUGGUGAAAAUGUCACUCUGCCGUGUCACACCGAGCCCCCGAAAGAUUUGCAAUCUCUGACAGUGGAGUGGAAAUACAACAAGAGCUACGUCCACCUUUACAGACAUGGACAGGAUGAUCUUGAUCAACAGCAGCCGCAAUACAGACAAAGAACAAUCCUCUCCCAUGAGAACCUGAUCAAAGGAAAUCUGUCACUGAAACUACUCCGAGUACAGCUGAGCGAUCAAGGAACCUACACCUGCAGUGUUGUGAAGCUGUCAGAGAAGGAAAAGAUCACCAGCAGUCAUGUGUUCCUCAUUGUGUCAGAGGGAGCAGAGGACAGUGACGACGAUUCAGGUAAAUGUUUGAUUUCCAACAGGCAGUGCUGGUCAGUGUGUGUCCAUUCAUUGUCUGGCUCAGAGACGUCUUCUCCUCUGUUCUCCUAA